AAAUCAUCCGGGGGUUCAGCAGCUGAGGAGGAGAGGAAAAGCAGAAGUCCUUGUUGAGGGUUUCAGCGCUGCAAGGACUUGGAGCAGCUAGUGAGGGCAAGUUUUAAGGUUGAUGGUGCCCUGGUCAGCGGCAGCCCGGGGAGAAGAUGGCUCAGCCCGCGCCCCUGAACCAAAACCUCCCAGGUCCCCGUGUAAUGGUCCGUGCUCCUCUUGCAGAUCUUGGGGGCCCAUUCCUGUACCGGGACCAGGACGAUGGGGAGAAGAGCUCAUAUUCUGUGGAAACCCCCUAUGGCUUCCUCCUGGAUCUGGAUUUCCUGAAAUAUGUCGAUGACAUUGAAAGUGGCCAAACGCUCAAGAAAGUGCCUCGCAGGUCCAAAGGGGCCCGGCACCCCCCCGGGGCCCUGCGCAGCCCUCGCAGCCGCACCAGCACCUGGACCUCCACCGAGUCCCUGGCCUCCACCACCAGUGAGGAGGGCAGGGCUGCCCUGCUGCUGUCCCCACACGGCCGCCUCUCCCUGGAGCCCCUCAGCAAACCAACCUCCCACCCCAUCUCGCCGCCGCCGGUGCGGCUGCUCCCGCCUCCCACCCACAAGUGCCUCGCGCGAAACCCACGGGUGGAGAAGACCUUGCUGGAGACAAGCAGGAGGCUGGAGCAGGAGCAGGGCCAUUUGCAGGGGAGUGGUGGUCCCUCCCGCAGUGCCCCAGGCCAGCCACCCUCCUGGGUGCCGACGGGCGCUGAGGGCUGGGGCCGGGGCAGCCCGGGCAGCUCGGGGCGCAGCACACCGGCGGCAGGGCUGGGUGCUGCGCCGCUGCAGCACGUGCGGGAGCAGAUGGCUGCAGCCCUGCGCCAGCUCCGGGACCUGGAGGAGCAGGUGAAAACCAUCCCCCUCCUGGAGACACAGAUCUGCGAGCUGAAGAGGGAGAAGGCGAAGCUGAUGGAGAAAUUGUCAGCGGGGGAGCCCAGUGAGGAUUUCAGCCACUCCCCUGGUUCUGAGGUGGGGCUGGAAGGAGAGGAGCCGCCUCGAGCGGGGCCGGAGAGUGACGCGGAGCCAGCAAAGGGGCGAGCGAGCAAGAUCGUGGAGCUGAGGAAGCUGACGGAGAAGUUGGCUGUGCCAGAGCGGGGCAGCAGGGCUUGGUCAGGCAGGAGCCCCAGGGCAGCCGAGAGGCCCUGCCGCUCCGUGGCGGUGGGCGAGGACCGGGCCAUGACCGACGCCGUCUUCUACUACCGGUCGCAGCAGGAGGGUGUUAAUGGUGACGUGCCGGACGGUGGGACGAGGGAGCACAGGGACGCAGCCGUCUGGGUGCUGGAGUCCUCGCUGGGGCUGGGCAGCGAGGCAGAGCAAGAGCUGGAGCUGCUGCAGCAGACAGUGGGGCACCAGAAGGAGGUGAUCGCCCUGAUGGAGGGGCACCUGCAGGAGGCCACGCGGGAGCUGGAGGAGCUGCGGCUGGAGGUCUGUGCCCGCCGGCUGGGCGGGCGGGCAGACAAGGAGGUGACAGCCAAGCCACAGGUGGCCGAGGCGCUGGUGGAGGCAGCAGUGGUGACACAGAGCCGGGCAGCCGGUGACCCCCCGGAGAUGGUGGAGGCAGGUGUGGAGUGCUGCCCACCAACCAGCUGUGUGGGGGUGGGCUGCCGCCCUGAUGGGCGGGACGUGGCCGUCGGCCCUGAUUUGGCCACCAGGUGUGAAGACAAGGGCAGCCAGACCGAGGUGGGCAGCGCGGUCCCAGCAGGCCAGGAGACAGAGCCCAGCACGGACGAUGCCCCGAGGAGCUGCUCAGUGCAGGGUGCGAGAGCCGUGAUGGGAACGUGCCAGGGCAGCCCAGUCCCUGGGGCGGCCACGCCGGGCACCACGCACAGCAGCCAGGACCUGUCCCCAGCACAGGAUGGCAGAGCUGCCCCAAGCCCCGUGGCUGGAGCCCUGAAGUCCAUCAUGAAGAAGCGAGACGGCGUCCCCCGGAGUGAGGUUGAGGGCAGCAAGAAGAGCCUGCAGUUUGUGGGCGUGCUGAACGGGGAGUACGAGAGCACAUCCAGCGAGGAGGAGGAGGAGGAGGAAGGAGACAGCUCCUCUGAGAAGGCUUCACCUGACAGCUCCGACAGUGAAGAGCAGGGGGACAGUGACACCUCAGAUGAGGAGGCUGGAGGAGGCAAGCACGAGCCAGGACAGGAGCCCGAGGGGGCUGUUGUGACCCCGCUGGAGCCCCCCGAGGUGAAGGAGAAGUUUGAGCUGAGCCCCAGGAUGCGGGAGGCCUGUCUGAUCGUCAAGACCCAUCUGGGCCACCCUACUGCCACCAAGAGCAAAGAGGUGCUUGCCAGCAGCAGCCUGGUCCUGCAGGAGUGGUUCCGUCUGUCCAGCCAGAAGUCGUCUGUUCCCGACACCGUCGCCAACCACCUCCUGGCCUUUGCUGAGGUCUCACCAGCUCUCCUGGCCCACGUGGUGAACCUGGCUGACGGGAACGGCAACACAGCCCUGCACUACAGUGUCUCCCACUCCAACUUCCACAUUGUGCAGCUGCUGCUGGACACGGGGGUCUGUAACGUGGACCACCAGAACAAAGCUGGCUACACAGCUCUCAUGCUGGCUGCGCUGGCGGCCGUCGAGCAGGAAGAUGACAUGAAUGUGGUCAGGAGGCUCUUCAGCAUGGGCAACGUCAACGCCAAAGCCAGCCAGGCUGGGCAGACAGCACUGAUGCUGGCUGUCAGCCACGGCCGGCAGGAGAUGGUGGCAGCUCUGCUGGCCUGCGGGGCCGACGUCAACCUGCAGGACGAGGAGGGCUCCACUGCCCUGAUGUGCGCGUGCGAGCACGGCCGCGCCGAGACAGUGAAGCUGCUGCUGGCUCAGCCCGCCUGCGACGUCUCCAUCGUGGACAGUGAUGGCAACAACGCCGUCGCCAUCGCGCUGGAGGCCGGACACAGCAACAUCGCCGUGCUCCUCUACGCCCACCUCAACGGCAUGAAGGCGCAGCAGCCCCAGGGGACAUCACCAUCAACAAAGAGCCCUGGGAGCCCAAAGAAACCAAAUUAGAGCGACCAUGGGAUCCAGCCAGUGGCCAGCCAUGUGCCAACUGGCCACCAUCAGUGCUAGGCUGUAAUUUAUGUCCCCUCUCCUGCCACUCUUCUGUGUGCUGAACCACUCUCUGAGGCUGCAGAUGCUUUAAUUCUCCUGUCAAUAGAGAAGGCACCUUCCCUGGGCCUCACUUGCCCAUCACCACUGCUGGAAGCGGCCACAUGUGGCCACCUCACUCCAAGUGACAGAGGAGCCAAGGAUCAAGUGACCACAAGGUGGGAAAUGCAGCCAGCAGAAGCCAGACCCGUUCCCCUGCACCCUCCCACAACUACUGGGGCUAUGCUGCUUCAGAGCCCUCUGCAAGUCACAGAAACACACCAGCAAAAAACAAACCCGGCAGAAAUAGCUCUAGUUUCAGCCCUUUUCGCCAGCUCCUGCAGCCCCAGGAAGGGAGCAGGGCUGGUGACAAGGAGCAAGGCAAGUGUCAGCUGCUGGCCCUGCCUGGUGCUGGCAGGGACACGGUGCUCGGCAGGGGCGGGGACACAAACCAGCGGGUUAACGCUGCCUCAGGCUGGGAGCACUUCCAGGCUGAAAUACUCGCCCCUUUUUUCCUGGCAUUUCCUUUCCUGGCUGAAAUCUGCCGUGUGUGCACAUGCACACAGAGCAAAAAAAAAAAAUAAAAAAAAAUUCCAGUGCUUACUGGAAGGAUGGAAAUCAACAUGAAAUCACUUUUGCUCGAUGGGAGCAAAACUUCCAGGCACUGGGGGCUGCAGCCAAGCAGAGCCACGAACAUCCAGGGACUGAGACUGCCCAGGCACUACCCACAUGGGACCUUCUCCCAAGGGAGACAGCAAUUAAUUCCUCAGCAUUUUAAAGUCUCGUAGCCACUGACUCUGAAGGCAACCAGAGCCAACAGCCAAGCCCCUCUGUGCACCCUUAUCUCACCAGAGGGAGAACAGCUGAGGAGAGCUCCAGGAAAAAGGGAAGGUUGGCAGGAAGAGCUCAGAGGGAACCUAGAGCCCACGGAGAUGGAUGCGUAUGUCAGAGGUGUGUGUGUCUGCAAGUGUGAGUGCACCAGGCAGGGUGGGAACAGACAAGGUAAGGACCAAGGACCAGGAGGAAAAAUAAAAAGGCUUUUGCAUGUGAAGCUGGCUCUGCUCUCCAAACCCUUCACAAAAGCACCAUGUCACAGCCCGUUUCUGCUCCUUGGCCCAGCCUCCGCCAUCCUUCCCGCCCCACACAGGCCUGGGCUGAGCCAUACUGGAAACUGGGAAAUGCUUCCCAGGAAACUUCUGGACAACGUGCUGCUGUCCUUGCAGUGGGUCUGUUUCAGCUUUGCACUGAAGUUCAUAUAAAUGCUCACAGCCACUCUCUAGUACACUACUUGUAUGUAUUCUGUACUCACUGCUUCGGUCUCACAGGUUUGUUUACUGAUAUUUUAAUACUGAUGUUUAUUUUUAAGAUAUAAAUAAAAUUGAAAGUAAAAUUAUUUUGAAAUAUUA